AAAAGCCCAGGCUGCAGCAGCGCUCGAGCUGACGCUGUGAUAUCAACGCACGGAGCCGUGCGCGAGCCAGCUGGGUCCAAUUAGCCGAACGUGCGGCGGAGCCACACGGCCGAUCCACGCGUGGGAAGCAGGGGGGAAACAGCGGAGCAAAACCUUUCUUUGAUGAAAUAUUUCUGGGGAAGAGAGGACGGAGGGGGCUCGCCUAGCAAACACUGUCGACGCUCCUACCAGACUCUGCGUUGAACACCUCGGGCGAAUCGUCGCGUUGUGUUUAGACCUAAAUCCAAAGAUUUGUUAUUUCGGAGAAAGUCUUGAGGCUUUUGUUUUUCAGCAGAAACAGCCCGCAGUAGCGCGUAGCCGAAGUGCAACCGAUGGAGAUAUCUCACAGCUAGUUUUUUGUUUUUCGCGUGGAAUGUCGCUGAGGUCUCGCCAUUCCGCAGUUCGCUCGGCGCUCAGGAGUAAAAACAGACAUACGUGAUCGCCGCCAAUGAAUUGCAGGGGUCGGGCGCUGCAAUUAACAAGCAGAAAUAUGAAAUGCAGUAACAGACACUGAAGACGCCUCGCCAUCGGGCUCAGACCGCAACAGAGAGAGGCUGAUAAAAGGGAGAAAAUUGCUUCUCCACGAUUUGACGAAGAGGAGGAAAUUAAUUGAGCGUGUCCAUUUCUCUCGUGGUGCUUGUGUGGACCGAGCCACACACCCACUCCAGAACAACGACGGCUUUUGCUUGCAUUUUUCAGUGUUUCUUCUGUCAGCAAGUCCAGCAGAGUUGUAACUCUUCCAGCGCCAGCCCCGAGCUCAGCGAGGAGCAGCCCGACACGGAGAUGGUGAAGAUGACAAAGUCCAAGACUUUUCAGGCGUACCUGCCAAACUGUCACAGGACCUACAGCUGUAUUCAUUGCAGAGCGCAUCUUGCGAACCACGAUGAGCUCAUCUCGAAGUCAUUCCAAGGCAGCCAAGGCCGAGCCUACCUCUUUAACUCUGUUGUGAACGUGGGCUGUGGUCCGGCGGAGGAGAGGGUCCUUCUCACUGGUUUACACGCUGUGGCCGACAUCUAUUGUGAAAACUGCAAAACCACUUUAGGGUGGAAAUAUGAGCAUGCCUUUGAGAGCAGUCAGAAGUACAAAGAAGGAAAAUUUAUAAUCGAACUGGCUCACAUGAUCAAGGACAAUGGCUGGGAGUGACCCCUGGACCUCUUGAGGAUGUUGGCUGUUUCAUGCCCUAUGCUCUGUCCAGGACUUUGCAGACUGACCCAGGGGAUGGAGGACAUGUUUUCCAGGUGUCUCCAAGCUUGUCGCAACAUUUUACAAGAAGAUGUAAAAAAAAGAAGACAAAAAAAUCUUUGAUGUUAACCUUUUCUGUUGCCUCGUGAGGGGACGGGUGGGGGGGGUGGGGACUCUUUCUUCUGUUACUCCCUGUCAAAGAUUUGGUGUUUUCUAUUAUGUGUGAACCACUAUUUAAAUGAGAGGCCGCUAUUCAGAAAACCUUUUAUUUUAAGAAGAAAAGCAAGAAACAAAAACCUUGUGGUUUUAAAGAGUGGGUGUCCACAUUUCUCACGAGAGACUUUUACCUGACGGCAGACUGAUGUUACUGGUUAGCAUUGCUCUUCUUUCAGCUCCAGUCUGUUUCUCUCUUGCUGUGCAUGCUUAAUUUGCAGUGUAAUAAUGGGAUAUAGCUGACGGCUGUGUAGAGGUAGGGAGCAGUACUAUGUAGCAGUGUAUAGUGUUUUCUAAGUGGGAAGGGGAUUGCAGUGAAUUGGUAUUUUGUAUUAAUGAUAUCACCUGUGUACCAUCUACUCCUUGUUGUUGUUCUGAUUACUUCACUGUGCAUCUGUGGGCACACCUGGUACUAUACCUUACAGCACCUGCAGGUGUUGGUCGUCAGCCGUAGAAGGUGCUUGGGGAACUUACAGACGAUUGCUUUCAGUGGCAUUUGUGGCUGGUCCCAUAUUGCAGCAGUACUGAAAAAAACAAUGCACUGGACAGUAGGGGAAACGAGCAGACAUUAGACCCCCUCUUUCUCCCCCUCCGUAUCGGCGCAUUAAGAAUUAAAACAAGCAUACUUGAAUGCAGCAACUCUUGCACUUUGUGGAGGUUCCAGAUUUCAUGAGAGUUUAGAGGCAAAAAAAAAAGUCUGUUUUAUCUGCUCUGUGUGCUCUUCAUCUUCAUGGCCUUUCCUGGUGACGAUUGAAAGAUUGUACUUGAAUUCAGGUUUGAAUGAUGGCUGGGAAAACUGCCCCUUUUGGAACUGUGAUGUGUGAAUAUUCGGAAGGAGAGAGGCCGAAAACUGGCAAAGCCCUGAUCACCUUUAGAAAUAAUCGGGGGCAAUCUUCUGUUUCUUUCAUGAUGACACUAAUUUCUCUCUUUGCUAAUUUGUUUAAAUCCAUGCAUUAGAAACAUUACUGUCACGAGGGUUUAACGAUCCUGAAUAUUUUACAACAUCCUGCUGCUGCUAAAAGAAAAAUGAAUCAGUCCCCAGCUCUGAGGUUCUUCUUCUGCACUUUACUGUUGUACCAGAGUGUCUGAAUGGUCUUUGCCUCUAAUCAACAUGAAUCUUGUGCCUCUUCAAAAGAUAUUGUCUCUCCUGUUGUGCAGUGCAUAACUUGUGCUCCCUGAGGAAGUGUUAUGGUUUAAGGCACGUUUCCCUGAACGUAUUCACCAAAACCUAAUUAUGCUAUAUAGCGAAUGAAAUAAAAAGUUACUUUUUUUUUAUAAAUUAUAUUGGCAUCAUUUGGGUGGUUGUGGUUCUGACUAUAUCGGCAAUUUUUAAAUUGGGUGGGGAAUUUUGGUUUAGAAACAUUUUAAUAGUGUCGACGUUGCAUUACAGAACCCCGUAUUCUAGAAUCUUCAGUGAUAUUAUUUCUUGGGGUGUGAGGAGGGGAGAGGACAAGCUUUUUUUUUCUUUUUUUUUUUUUGGUGAAGCCAAGACUUGGAUUGUUGGAGACUGUUGAAAUGUAGAAAAGGUCGGUCUGGUUACACGGCCUGUCAUUCAGCACGUCGGAUUAAACUAAAAUGAAAUAAAGAAAACGGAUAUAAAAAUAACCUACUUGAAAAACUACAGAUGGAAAAACUUAGAAAAGGCGUUUUCCCUGUAACAGUUUUGUACAUAUAAGAACAUAUUUAAAGUUUUAUACAUAUUUCUACUGGGUAAGUUCUUUCACUUCCCAACUUGAAGCACUUUUGUUAACUGUACCUCUGGCUAUUUUGUGUGUGUGUUUUUUUUUUUGCUGUCACUCUGUAUCUUUCUUUUGGAGCUGAUAGCGAGCGUGAAGAUUUAUAGCUUUUUUUUUUUUGUUUCCUUUCUGAAGUCUUGAUGGCAGUACAGUCGCUAGCUCUUUUUCGGGAGCCACACGGACUUAGGGUGAGCUGGUUUCUCCUGGACAUGUUGUUCUGUGACGGUAAACGGGAGAGGGCUGGCGCAGUUAUUCAUGGAAAAAAUAACUUUUCGGAACCUAGAAGCCAUUGUCAUUGCGAAAACAGUCGGAUUAAAUCUCGGGUUAAAAAGAAGGAAACAAAAGGGCAAAAGCAGAUUAUGAGUUAGUGUAUUAAAGAGUUAAAGAACAGCUGAUGCUGUUGUGAGGAAAUACCACUAGGGAUGACAUGAUUGGAAAGAAACCAGAUUUAUAUACUUUUAAAAACAAUGAAACUGUCCCUUUCUUUGGGUAUCCAAAGAAUCUUGAUUUGUGAGAAGGAGUUUACUCUCAUUGUUGUGCAAUGACACUGGCUGAAGCUUUAGAACUGUUAAUAUAUUAGAGAUGCUACUCUAAAGACAUUAUUGUAGGGUAUCUUGGGGAUGCAAAGGAAAGGAUUGUAAGUUUGAAGAGUGUUAUUUUCAUAGGACUGUUAAAAUAUUAUAAGGUCUAAAGCAUGUUGUAUUUAUAAUGGUUAUAUUGAGUCGUGCCUGAUUUUACUUCAAAUGCAAAAAAUAUGCUUUCUUUUUUUUUCUUCUUACUUGGUUACAUUGCUUCGCUAAUUGUCUUAGUAAAGAUGUACGUCACAUUUGUCUGUUUUUUUUUUCACUGUAAUCUACUCCAGAUAUCACAAUAAACUUUGAAUGGGA